CGGCAUGACCACGCACUUACGGCUCGGAUGUCAUCCGCAGUAAAAAAUAGCGCCCAGGAGCUGGUUGCCACGCGACCCUUCCUGAAUGGGGCGACUAAAAGUAACUACGAAGGUACACGCCUCCUUUACUUCCUCUCAUCUCGUGCUGAGAUUGUAGAAGCCUCCUCUACGUGCGCUCACCCUGAGUCCAAUUGGUAAGGCAGUGCGUGUGCCCAACCACGCAUCCUCCUCUCCCUUCUCUCCCGGAACAUCGUGUUCUUUGUGCGGGCACAAUGACGGCCAAGCAUCGGAAGGGGAAAAGCAACCACAAACACGAAGAGGACCACGACAAAAGUGACAUUCCCGAAUCCGAAGUUCGAACAGGAAGGAAUAGCUACACGCUUGUGUUGUUUGCAUGUCUCGUCGUUGUCAUCGGCGGUGCAACGGGAGCAUGGUUCUGCUACCAGCAGCACCAAACUUUGACCCACUUGACAGACACCGUAACGGGAAUGCAGAUGAAAGUGGUGAAGCUCCAGGCGUCACAGGAGACCAUGCGACAGACAAGUGAUAGGGUACAUGUUUCGGAUGACGUAGAAAGUCGCGUCAAUGCUCUGGAAGAGUCAUACAUGUUGUCCCAGAAGCAGGUGGAUGAGGCCUUAGCUACCGCAGAGCACUUCAAAACGUCGGAUCUCCCCGCUCAGGUGCUAUCACUACACACGGAGAUGAAAUCCCGUCUCGCAGAGAUUCAGCGGACAACUGUGUCUGUGGAGCAGCUGAGCCAGCUUCAGGGGAAGAAUGAGAAGUUUGAGGAGGUCGGACUUCAGGUCGAGGGCCUCGUUACGUUGAGCACCGACUUAUCUAAGCAAGUCCAAGCCAUAACGGGGCGCCUAGAAGAAGCAGAAGCCAUGCUAAAUGAUGUUGCUACUCUGAGGGAUAAACUGAAGCAGCAGACUGCACAGCUGAUGGGCCUGGAGGUGCAGCUGAAGUCGUUCCAGACUGAGAUGGCGACCAUCAGAGAAUGGCUGCCGAAUGAGCGCUCCAAGCAGCUCACACAGGACGACAUGGAGGAACAGAUCGGUGCACUUCGAAUGAAAGUUCGGCAACAGAACUCAGCCAGCAGCCGCCUGCACGCAGAACUCAGAGCUCAGCUGGACAACUUACAGUGGCAGGUUACACAGAUGAUAGGAGGUGCUGAAACUGUCCCAGAGCCCAUGAAUGAAGCUGAGGGAGAACCAUCUCCUUUCGAGGAAGAAGGUCGAGCUACAGAGGAGGAAGCAAACCUUGGAGCAGCAGAUUCUGACUCAGAUGAGCCGGCGCAAGAAGCUUCAGAUGACGAGGCUUACACUGAACAGACGGAAGAACCGCUUCCCUCUUCCGAAACUGCAGAAACCGAUGCAACGCACACAGAAAGGGAGGAGCCAAAUUUGGAAGAGAUUCUGAGUGAUGAAGAGGAGUUCUUCGAUGAGUUACUGCUUGAUGAGGGUGAUGCCAAACCGGGGGCAGAUGCUCACGAUGACAAUGUUGAGAGCCGAGGAGAUGCUGAACAAUUUGAAUCAGAAGAAGAGGAGGUCGGUGAUGAAGUGGAACUGUAGAAUGAAUGCAUCAGAAGGCAAUGUUUGUGAGGCAAGGGGAAGAACGUCUUCCAUCAGCAGUGAAAGUAUGGCAAAUAUACAGGCAUCAGUGCUUGCUGUGUGUGCGGCAUGCAUCAGGUGACACGGGUGCUCUUUGAAAGACCGCUUGUUGAUAAUUCAAUUACAAGAUUUCAGAUUUAUUUAGUCAAUAGCCUCACAACCUCCAAAGCUUUUUUUCCCCCUCCAAAAUCUUUCCAUUUUAGUGUAAAUUAUGUUUCACUUAUUCCAAAAUCUGGGUUGGGCACUUAAAAUGAAGAACUGUAAAUGAGUGUUCACUGUAAGCCAUCGUGACAUGGUUUCCUUGUUCCCAUGUCUGCUUUGUGAGUGUGUGAGGAGAACAAAAAUAUGAAGAAAGAAUAUUCAGCUUACAGCUUGGAAAAAAAACAAUAAGAAUGGCUGUGACAUAAUUGGCUUUGAUAAUUAAUUGUUAUUGAUGGCAGGAUUUUGACACUAUUUGCAACUCAACCAUCACCAAUUUAAAUCUGGGUGACUGGAAGGUAAACAGGGAUGCGAACCAUAAAAAAAAAAAAAGACAAGACCUAUGCAAUUCAAGAGAAGCUGUGAUUUUUGGUAAACAUUCUGAAACAAUAUUGUGAAUUCAUGUUUCAUAGACUGGUUUACUUUACUACUGUAACAGUAUUCCUUUUAACUCAUUCACUCCCAAAGACGUUUUUAAACGUCUUUUCAGACUUGGUGUAUAAUCCGCUGGUACUGAAUGAGUUAAGCACUGCUGUACAUUUGACCCAGAAUUCAACUGAACUAAGAUGAACUUCAAGUUCAAAAUGUCUUUAAAAUAAACAAAAUUGUUCAGUUUUGUAAA